AAAUGCGUUGGAUAACACCAUUAUAGGGAGAGAGUGGAAUUUUCGCGCUUGCGCAGUAGGGAAGUAUGCUUAGCUAAAGAUGUCCACAACGACAGGGAACAAAAUAAACAGACUCUAUGGAGAACCUUAAACAUUCGUUGAAGAUGCCACUUUUCGGAAAUACUUUCAGUCCGAAGAAGGCUCCUCCUCGCAAAUCGGCAUCUCUGUCCAGCCUGCAUACGCUGGAUCGCUCAACAAGAGAGCUUGAGCUUGGUCUUGAAUAUGGACCUCCUACUAUGAACAUAGCUGGCCAGAGCUGGAAAUUUGAAGAUGGCCAGUGGAUCACAGAGUCUGGUGGAAAUGUGUCAAAUAGGGAGUUGCAGCAGCUAAAGAAAAGAAAUGGGCAACUGGAGGAGGAAAAUAAUCUCCUAAAACUGAAGAUUGAGAUUCUCCUGGACAUGCUGACAGAGACCACAGUAGAGAAUCACCUGAUGGAAAAGGAAGUUGAAGAUAUGAAGACUCAACAUCUAAGAAAAAAAUGACUUUUUUUUCUGGCUGUUUCAUGGGAGAAAAAAAUCCUUCAAGCAUGUAAAACAAAAACUUUUAUCAAUGCAAAACAUUCGUCCAGCCGGAAAUCUGUGUUCUGUUCUGUAUUUCUAUUCCAGUCUGAAUCAGAUUGGGUAUUUUCAACAUUUUCAACAAAUUGUGUUUCUUAAUGACAUUUAAAAACUCACAUUUUCUAUUUGUGUGUAAGCUGUAUUGCAUGUUUUUGAAAAAAAGUUCAUUUUGAUUGCUGAAAGACAGAGUUCUUUAUUUUUAUUCUGAUGUAAGAACAUGACUUUAGUCACUUAUUUAGCUUUUAAUUAAAAAGUAUUAUUGCUCUUUU